UCGAUUCUUGGUUGGGAUGAUUAUAAAGCAACCCAGACCACGCCGUCCCCAACGAAGCAAAGCAAGCCCACGCCGUUCCCAACCCAGACCACGCCGUCCCCAACACCAUCCAUGCCGUUCAACAGAUUAGCUGCUGUACCUGUACUACUAUUAUGGCUCGUCUCAGUGCUUGCCGCAAGGUUCCCACUGCUUGGAGCAGCAUCGCCACAACCUAGCAGUAAGUGCCAAAGAAAAUGCGGCAGCGUAGACAUCCCUUACCCAUUCGGGAUCGUCCAUUCACCCGACGACGACGAAGGCGACGACGACGGCCACUGCGCCAUGAACGGCUUUGGCCUGACCUGCAACGAGACAGGGAUUAAUGGUGGGCGCCACAGGCCAUUUGCAGCUGGCAACGUGGAGGUCGUCGGCAUCUCGCUGCAGCAAGGUCAGGCCCGGAUGCUGAAUAAUAUCUCCUAUUAUUGCUACAACACCACCACUCGGGAGAUGGUCCGCGACGAGUGGUCGCUGGACUUCGCGGGCACACCCUACAUGUUCUCUGACACCACCAACAAGUUCACGGUCAUCGGUUGCCAAACCCUGGCGUACAUCAACGGCGACGAUGGCGACUAUGGCGAUGGCGGCGACAAGUACAUGAGUGGGUGUGUGGCCAUGUGCCGGGGAGACGAUGUGAGGUCGACCCUGAGCAACGGCUCCUGCUCCGGGAUAGGGUGCUGCCAGACCGCCAUCCCCAAGGGGCUGCAGUACUACUACGUGGAGUUCGAACCUGGCUUCAACACGACCGAGAUCCACAACGUCAGCCGCUGCAGCUACGCGGUGCUCAUGGACUCGUCCAACUUCACCUUCUCGACGACCUAUGCGACCUCGCCGGCGUUCAUUAACAACAACGGUGGCCAGGCGCCGUUCGUCAUGGAUUGGGCCAUCAGGAACGAGACGUGCGACGUAGCCCGCAAGAAGCCUGGGUCCUACGCGUGCGUCAGCAACAACAGCGAGUGCUUCAACUCGCUCAAUGGACCAGGCUACAUCUGCAACUGUUCCAAAGGUUUCCAUGGUAAUCCUUACCUGCAAGAUCCGGAGCAUGGAUGCAAAGACAUUGAUGAAUGCAAGCUCCCUCAUCUGUAUCGCUGCACAAAUGGCGGAGUCUGCAGAAACAGGUUGGGAGGCUAUGACUGUCCAUGCAAAUUUAGAUUGAAAGGCCACGCCAAAGGGGGAACCUGCAUAGAUCAUUUCCCUCUAGCAGCAAAGGUGGCAGUCUGUACAAUAGGUGGCAUUCUUCUCAUGGUGAUUAUAUCGUUUCUUGUUAUUCUUCACAAAGAGAAAAAGAAGACGGAAGAAUUCUUCAAAAAGAAUGGUGGCCCUACAUUAGAGAAGGCAAUUGUCAUUAAACUUUUCAAAAAGGACGAGCUCAAGCCAAUUUUGAAGAAGAGCAACUUAAUUGGAAAAGGUUGCUUUGGUGAAGUUUACAAGGGCAUUCUUGACAAUAAACUAGUUGCAGUAAAGAAGCCGAUUAAUGGUUCUGUGCUAGAGAGUGACCAAUUUGCAAAUGAAGUCAUCAUUCAAUCUCAAGUCAUCCACAAGAACAUUGUUAGGCUCAUUGGUUGUUGCCUUGAAGUCGAUGCCCCCAUGCUGGUCUACGAGUUUAUCUCCCAAGGUAGCCUCCAUGACAUUCUUCACAAUAGCAAUAACAAGGUGGCUUUCAACUUGGAUGCACGUCUAAGUAUUGCUACACAUUCAGCCGAUGGUCUAGCUUAUAUGCACUCAAAAACAAAUAAUAGAAUUCUACACGGUGAUGUCAAACCAGCUAAUAUACUUUUGGAUGAUAACUUCAUACCCAAGAUUUCAGAUUUCGGCAUAUCUAGGCUGAUUGCAUGUGACAAGGAACACACUGCAUCAAUCAUUGGCGACAGGAAUUAUAUGGAUCCGGUGUAUCUACAAGAAGGCUUACUCACUGAAAAAAGUGAUGUCUACAGUUUUGGAGUAGUGAUCCUGGAACUUAUUAGCAGGGAGAGGGCAAUCCAUUCUGAUAAUAAUAAGUUGGUAAAGAAUUUUCUUGAAGCCCAUAAGAAACAAAAGAAAGCAACCCAGUUUUUCGACAAGGAAAUUGCAAUAACAAAUGAUUUGGAGAUCCUUGAAAAUUUAGCAAGUAUAGCUGUGGAAUGCCUUAGCCUUGACGUGGAUCAAAGGCCAACAAUGAUGGAGGUAGCUGAGAGGCUACUCAUACUAAGCCGAUCUUGUAAGUUGUAAGAUGUUUGUCACUAAGUUAUUUUUAAAUAAUGGGCAGCAGAGUUCUCCUACAAUAUUCGUAAACGUGUCUCUAGGGAGGCUGAAUUUAUGUACGCUCCAUCUGUAACCGUGUUCUGAAGAAGUGCUUUUUUACCAAAGGCGAAGUAUCGAGUAAUUUUUUUUGA